UAAAUGGCUGUGUCUUCUCUCCCUCACCAAGCAUAGCAAGCAAACCACCUCCCAAUCAAGAUGCAGGCAGCAGCAGCUGUGUGUUUCGCUGGUUCAUUGCCCCUCAGGAGCACCAAGGCAAUCGCGCCCAGGUCAUCCAAGCCACGCAGGACCUUCCACAAGUCCAGGGUGGUCGCCGCCACCGCACCAGAGUCCUCGACCAUCGAUUACAGCUCCUCCACCUCUGUGUUUCCGGUGGAGGCUUGUGAUGUAGUUGGUGGAGAGGCGUGCAACGCGAAGAUGUAUCCUGAAGUGAAACUCGCCGCGGCGGCAGCGAGCAGCGCCGACUCCAGGGCGGCUUCGGAGGAGGCCGUCGACAGAGACUACCUCGAGUACAACGAUCCCAAAACUGUGUUCCCUGGAGAGGCAUGUGAUGAUCUCGGAGGAGAGUUCUGCGAAGCGGAGUACCAGGAUGGUGUUUACUAGGGUUUCUGUAAUCGGAAUCACAGCAUAUGAACGUGAAGCUCUGUUAAAAGAGGAACAGAAUAAAAGCUCGAACUAUGUUCAUGAUA